UCCCGUACAUCCCCUAUGUGCGACUGUGUUUCUCAUUUCUUUUUAUAAUAAAUCUAAGGAUUUCGAUAAUCGUCGUUUUGAAGUGUUCAAAUAAGACGUUUUUCAAUUAUAUUUUUUAAACAAUAUAGCAUUAAGAAAAAAAAGAAAAUAAUUUAUUUUCCUUCAAUGUUUUUCACUAUUGAAUAAAAUUUUAUUGUUCCGUAAUCGAGUGUGACAUUUAAGUUCUCUUAUGUUGUUUUUGUUAGUUUUUUUUUUAUAGGAUAAAAAUACAUAAUUUUUUCAAUAAUGAAUGAAGAAGCAAAUAAACAAUAUCCAGCUGGAUAUGGUAGUCUUAAUUACACAGAAUCUAAAGAAUUAGAUUAUUAUACUUCAAUUGAUGAAGCCACAAGUAAUUGGCUUAAGCAAUUACACAGUAUUUGGAAUCAUUGGAAAAAAAGUAAAGCAGUUACUGACGUACUCUAUAAAUACUUUGAUACCGCUCCCAAUCCGUAUUUGAGUACUCUCAGAAUUUUAUUUAAUGCCGCAGACUUUAAUAACAUAAAACCAAAAUCUUCCAUAUCAAUGACAAUUAUUGAAGACUUUCAAAAAUGGCUCUCAGUUAAUAAAAACGAACAUCAAGAAUGUCUUUGUUCUGAAUUGAAAAUUGGGGCAUUCAAAGGUGUUUGCAAGCAACGUAAUAUGCAACUUGUUAAAUUAGUAUCAGAUGCAUAUGAAUUUUUAAUUGACAAAGAAAUAUUUUUGCCUCUUAUACAGAUUAUGCUGAAUGAAAAAAAGUACAAAGAAGUAGCUCAAUAUGCAACGAUGUUAAAUUUACAACAACACUUUGGAGAUCCUGAAUCAAUAUUAUUACCUUUGAUUCUUCAAAAUAAAAAUACAGUAGUUGAAGAUUUUCUUGUAAAUUGUCCAGAAAUCCAAAAAAAAAUAGUUAUAUAUCUAGACAAUAUACUUAUGCCAAAGGAAAAAAUGCAAGAUACAUUGAAUGGUUUUAUAGAAUCUAAUAAUAUCACAGAUAUUAAAAUGUGUACAUUGCAAUCACGCGCAAUGACUAAAUUGGUUACACGUCUGGUUAAAAUAUUCAAUUUAUCACCAGACAUCUGUCCUAAUUUGCAUCGUAAACGCGAAGAAGGUACACUACAAUUUUUUAUUUACAAGCGUUUUGUACAAGGAAGUAUAAGCUCUGAAUGCUGGCGAGAAAUGGUACGUGAAACAUCACUUGUAGACGAUAAUCUUAAAGUUGAUUUAGUAACAAUGAUUGCACAAUAUGAUCCCGAAGAAGCUUUAUACUGGAUACAAAUAUUUAAUAUUUCUAAAGAUAAAUGGCCUUGGUCAGUAUCCAAUUUGGAUACUACUGAUAAUAAUUGGGAAGAUUUACAUCAGAGUGUAAUAAAUUAUCACUCUUUGCGUAUACCAAGAGAUUCUAUCCAGCUUGUAGAUCAUCCAGAUGACUUUGAAAAAUUUAUAACCCAAGAAUUACCUGAAUUCAGAGUUGUUGGAAUUGAUUCCGAGUGGAAACCGAGCUUCGAAGUCUUGAAAAAAAAUCAGUUGGCAUUAAUACAAAUAGCUACUGAAAAAAAUAUAUUUAUUUUGGAUGUUAUCAAAAUAGGACCAGAAAAAACAAAAUUGUGGGAAAAAUUUGGUAGUCAAUUAUUCGGUAACAAUAAUAUUUUAAAACUUGGAUUUGGAAUAGCCCAUGAUAUUUUGAUGUUCAAAGAAUGUUUACCCGCGAUGUUUGAUACUAAAGAAGGCAUUUCAAAUUAUUUAGAUGUUCAUAAUUUAUGGGUUAAACUUGUAAAAGAAUAUAAUUUUACUUUUCCUUAUCAAGGAGAUGAAAAUUUUACCGGUGAAAGUCUUAGCAAAUUAGUAGAAAUUUGUCUAGGAAGUAGAUUGAAUAAAGCUGAUCAAUUUUCAAAUUGGGGAAGAAGACCAUUGCGUGAGGAUCAAAUCACUUAUGCUGCUUUAGAUGCCUACUGUUUAAUUGAAGUUUAUAACAUAUUUAUUGAUCUUUGUAAUCAACGUAAUAUUCCUUUACUAGAAAUUUGUUAUGAACUUCAAUAUCGAUCUUGCAUGUCACCAAAGAAAAAUACUAAAAAAACUGAAAAAAAAUCGACAAAUAAUCAUCUCAAUUCUGCUGCUACUGCUGCUGCUGUGACUGCGCCAACAAUUAAAUUUAAAAAAACUCUUGUACACAAAUGGAGAGUUGUUUGUGAUCCAGUGUUGGAUAAUUUAGUGAGACCUUUAAGAAUGUGUGGCUGUGAUUGUAUUUAUUUAGAAAAUGAUCGAGGUGCUAAUAGAUCAAUUAAAGUGGCUCGUCAAGACCAUAGAGUAUUUCUGACACAUAAUCCUAAUCCAGAAAAGCUUGAAAAAUUGGCUGGUUUUCCACCAGAAAAAUAUUACAUUGUCAAAAGUGAUAAAUCUGAUGAGCAAUUAAAAGAAGUAUUACAACAUUUUAAUAUUUUUGUUACCGAAAAUGAUAUUUUCAGUCGUUGCCAAAUUUGCAAUUGCGAUGAAUUUGUUCAAAUUUCUAAUACUACAAUGUGGGAACUUAAUAAAAAGUUUUUUGGACGUGAAUAUGAUCAUCCUUCAAGUCAGGACAAUAUUGAGUAUCCUGACAUUAAAUAUGGAAGUAAUACUCGUACAUGGUUGUUAUCAGUAGAAACUCCAAAUGUAUCAAAUUGUAAAACAAAGUAUGAUAAGCCGAUUCAAGUGGACCAGGUUCCUAUAUCUGUUUGUAAAACAAUUCCACAGUUUUUCAUAUGCGAACGAUGUGGUAAAGUAUAUUGGGACGGUACUCAUUUUGAGCUUACUUUAAAUGGUACUUUAAAAGACUUAAUUGUCCGUAAAUAAACAAAAACAGCUUGUGUUCAAUAAUAAAUUAAUAAGUAAUAGCAGAAUAAUUAUUCAACGAUUCUGAGUUAGUUCAAAACUUAGUUAUGGUAUGACCGCUCGUGUAAUUAUUUUCUUUUAUGUUCUGAUCUACAGCAUAUAUCGUGAAUAACUAAUCAGGUGUUCGAAAACGUGGUUGCAUAUUUUUUUAAAAUCUUUUUCGUCACUGUUCUCAAUAAUAUGUAUUUUUACAUGGGUGCCAUAAUCAUAAUUAAUACCUGGUACAAGCGAGAGAAUUGGAUUCGCGUACCUUCUACUCUCUAGCAAAACAUCCGUAUUCAAUGUGGUGACAUGUCACUUAAUUCAACUAUAAGUAUCAACUAUAUCGGACAUUAAUUAUGACACCUAUACAUUUUUACUUCAUUUGCAGUUUUCUCAGCUGCGAAUAUCAAAUUUUCAAAAUAUUUGACUAUACAGCUAUUCGCAACAUAAAAGUAGUAGAGCUAAAUAAUAUGAUAAAUUUAUUUGACGACAAGCAACACAAACACGUUUGCUUACGGGGAAAAAAAGUAAGCAAAAAUUACCAUGUAGAAAGUAACCCAAUACAAACCCACUAACUGAAUUCUAUACUUUUACUUUUGACAAAAGUUAAAAAUUACUAUUCCAUAAGUAAUGUACGCUAUCGUAAAUUUAAAAAAAAAUACUAAGCAUUUAAGUCUUGUACUUAUGAAAUAGUAAUUUAUUACUUAUGCCAAAAGUAAAAGCUAUCGGAUCCAUCAAUGGUUUCGGGUUACUUUCCACAUAAUAAUUAUUACUAAAUUUUGAAAUCUCUUUUUUUUUUCGUGUAGUCCUACGAUAAAGCUUGUCAAACUAUAGUUAAAUUAGCGAGAGAUGAAGAACAAUCGGGUAUCUUUUUUUUUAUCUAAAGCAAUUUGAUUUUAUGUUAGCUUAUGGCAACACGGAUGACAACCUCUCGCUAAUUGAACUAUACUUUUGCGGGUACAUUAUUAGCUAUUCACAAAAUAUAUUAUUUAUUACAAUAAAGGUGGAGAAAAAUAUUUAGCGCGUACCAUAACUUAAUGUCUUUUCUAUAUUAGGUAAUUUAAUUUAUCCAAUUAUUAUUGACUGUUAAAAAUAUAUAAAUAAUAUCGGAUUAGUUGAUUAUACUUUUUUAUCUUACUAUUACUAUAAGUAGAUAGUAAACGCUAUUAAUGUGGUUAUUAAAAAUCAACCACAUCUAAGUAUCUUAUAGGGCCUUAGUUUAGUUAAUAUAUAUUAUAUAAAUAUAUUGAUAUAUUUUGUUACUUGAAACAUAUUAUAUGUUUUUAUCUUAUGUUAGCUGUGUACACAGGUACAGCUAAUCAAAUGUUACAAAAAACUUAUUUCAGAUCUCUGUGAGGUCUUUUUUCUUGUGAGAUUAAUGAUAUGAUAUUUUGAAUGUUUCAAAUGAUUAUUCAGCUUAUUCAGAUAAGGUUAUAAGUGCAAUGUGGUAAUAAUUGAUAUUCAGUAUUCGAUAUCGAAUAAGCUUAUUAUAAAAGUUGCUAGCAGCCUCACACUAUUUCUCUAAAUACUUAAAGAUUUAUUCAUUUUACUUAAUCUCUGAAAUCUCACUAUAAUUAUUCACUAGAAUAAUUAAACCGAAUUUUUAAUUAAAAUAAAUUUUUUUUUCUUUUUUUAUUAUUAUUUAGACUUAACUUAAUAUUCAAAUAAGUAUACGCUUAGAGAAUGAAUAAAGUUUUUUACUUAGUCAAACUAUUAAAAAAAAAAAAGAUGUAAUAUGUCAUUGUAUUUUAUCUAGUUUAAUUAUUGUGAUGUGGGAAAAUUCUACGAGGAAAUAAUAAUAAUAAUAAUAGCAGUGAUAUGUCAUAAGUAAAAAUUCAAAUCUUCAAAUCAAUAUUAAAAUAUCCUCGGCUAUAAAUUUAAGAUGACUUU